UCGAUGCUACUUGGCCGAAGUAAAAUUACCAGUAUUGCCACUAUUGGCACUUCCGUUCAUCUUCUUUAGUCAACUAUUGUUUGGAAAGAAUUGCAAUAGCUAAGCCUAAACUAAAGAGCUUGCUGCCUCGAACCCAUCAAUAUUGUGCCAUGUAUUCGUCGAAGAAAGACUCCCAUCAGCAGGUACUCAGCAAUGUGUUUGGACAGAGGAAGAGGCCUCGCCAGCCGCUGAUGACGCAGCCAACAUCAUUCAAACCACCCCUAAUGGGAGAGGGUGAUGCGAGGAUAGGUCAUGGAGGAAGCCAAUCCCCCGCAAUGAAGAGUACUGGCAGUCCUGGGUUUCUUCCGCAACCAAAGCCAGGACCUACCAACAUUGCCAGGACACAGACAAGUGCUUGGUCACAGUCAAAUCGCCAGAACCAAGGGUCAAGGUCACUGGCACAGCCACAUGGCGUCAGUGGCACACCUACACUCAAGAGAGAGGCUCGAGUGAUCGGAGCAGGUGACGCACACGAACGGGUUUCUUAUCAGCAGAACUUUGCCAUCGCACCAAACAGGCAGCAGCAGCAACAUCAAGGACACCAGUCAUUCCUAGUUUCAUCACACCAAGUCAACACACCACCUGACCUUGCAAUGUCGACCCAGAAUCACACAAAGCAGUCUGGAACUAAGCUGAACCAGGGUAGUUCUGAGAACAAGUGGAAGAGUUCUCGGUCUCACAAGGCUGGUCUGCCCCGCUACAUGUCAGGUAACAUUCAGAGCGUACAAGACUGGAGCAAGCACAAGGACACAAUUCCUUUUGUGGCUGAAGUCUAUGGCCAGUUGAACUCUCAGAUAUCCACAAAUGCUGCCACUGGGGGCCAGGAGUUCUUCUUGAAGGACUCAUCUGGCACUAUGAAGUGCUGCUUUUGGCCAAUGGAUCGGGGCCUACCAAGGAUGUGUCGUCUGCAAAACUAUAGAUGUGUUGGGACCUACCAUGAGCCCCUAAAUCUUUUCCGAUGUGCAUCAGUGCGUCCGUUGAAGGCGAAUGAAGAGGCACUCAUUGUGGAAAACAUGCAGAAGAGUGAACAUGUCUUCAAAGAGAUGCUGAUGUGUCAGCAUGAAGCAUAAUCUCCUACCAUACAGCCGCACGGCACCCUAUCCAGUCUGGGUUGUGAGCACACCAGUCAUUGUGAUGUUGGCUGGUGCCAUGCAAACAUCAAUGUCUGCCACGCUGCGCUGUGCUGUGGCAGUGUUGUCAUCCCACUUCUGCUGGUCACAGUGACGUUAGGCGGUGAAUGUCCUGUUGGGUUUCAUCCAUGGUUCCCAUGGGAACUGUAGUGUCUUGUACACGUAUAUUUUUCUAGAUAGGAAAAAAACUAGGCAAUACUAUAAUUAUAAUAGUAUUUUGAAUUACACUGGAGCUGUUGGUGGAGGCCACAUGUUAGACUCCUUCCAAAGUUCCAGUACAUUUCUCCCUUCAUCGAGGCCUACUACUUUUUUGUAGUACUUCCUUUUCCAUAAUUUGAGUGGCCAUCCAUGCAUACAUGUACCUUGGAGUACAGUUUACUUUGCAAUGGCUAAUGUUACUUCCUUUUGAACAGCAGAGUUUAGUUUCUCGAGCUGUCUUACUACAAUGUAGUGCUCUGCUCAUGAACCCCUCAGUCAGGAACUAGAACCAGCCACUGUGGAUAAUUUCAUGGAGACUUGAGCAGUUGUCUUCACCAUGUAUCAUGCCAUACCGCUAUCAAUCAAUGUUCAUCCACCAAUCCAUCAGGCAUUCUCACUUUCCCCAGACCUACGCUUACGUGUCCCUCUC